AGGGACGGACAACAGAAGAUGGCAUCUCCCAUAUAAAUGUAAGAUUUGAUUAUACUACGGCUAGAUUUCAUAUGUGUGCAUGCCUUGUUUCGUCUCAUUUCUAGGUAAGACGUUUUUUAAUAGGAUUGAAUAUGUCUUCCUUUUAUGAGAAGUUUCAAGCCGGCGAAUCGUACGGAGAUGUCGAAAAGGAAUCUACCAAUUUCUUUUCCGAUCCUGUAAAGAUCGCGACAGACCUCUUGAAAGAUUAUACUGGCCUUCGAAGCGAAGCUUCUCCUACUGAAAUCGCAGGUCUCGUUAAAGAAUUAUUGCAAAAGGGGCAACCCUUGGAUGAUAAGAAGGGCACCACCGAACUUCUGAUCGGCAUCCUUACCUCCCUUCCGUCUACCUCGAAUACACGGACUCAACUCACCAAUAAACUCAUCGAUACCCUCUGGGAUAACCUUCAGCAUCCACCCCUGAGCUACGUCGGCGGCGACGUCAAGUACGAAAUCGUCGAUCCUCAAGGGUCUACCGCCCCACACAACCCCAACACCAAACACUACGAUGUGAUCGAGUUCAAGGCUCCUGACAGCGAUGUCAUUCUUCGCGAACACGUCCCACAGGCCCCUGAUGGCUUACAUCACUACCGAACACCCGAUGGGAGUUUCAACAACCCCCUCGAGCCCAACUUAGGACGAGCUGGUGCUCCUUACGCUAAGACGGUUAGGAACACCAAACGCCUUCACGGCGUCAAGCCUGAUCCAGGUCUGCUCUUUGAUCUUUUGAUGGCUCGCGAUGAUGGUUACUUCCAAGAGAACCCCGCCGGGAUCUCAUCUAUGUUCUUCUACCAUGCAUCUAUUAUCAUCCACGAUAUCUUCCGCACGAACCGUACAGACAUGAACAAAUCCGACACAUCGUCAUAUCUCGACCUCGCACCGCUAUACGGCUCUUCUCUCAAAGAUCAGCUAGAGAUCCGCACCAUGAAGGAGGGUAAACUAAAGCCAGACACCUUCCACGAGAAGCGAUUGCUCGGACAGCCUGCAGGUGUCAAUGUCAUGCUAGUCCUUUACAAUCGCUUCCACGACUACGUCUGUGACAUCUUAUUGAAAAUAAAUGAGAACGGUCGCUUCACUCUGGUAUGCUCACCUAAUGCCAGCCCAGAGGAUAGGGCUCGCGCUGUUGCUAAACAAGACCACGACCUCUUCAACACAGCCCGCCUCAUCGUCGGCGGACUUUACGUUAAUAUUUGCUUACACGACUACCUCCGGGCUAUCACCAACACACAUCACUCGGAUAGUGAUUGGACACUGGACCCGCGAGUCGAGAUUGACAAACAAUUUGACGGCGAAGGGGUACCUCGUGGUGUUGGAAAUCAAGUUAGCGUUGAAUUCAACCUACUAUACCGAUUCCAUUCUUGUAUCUCCAAGAAAGACGAACGCUGGAUCAACGAUUUCUUCCUGAAGCUAUUCCCAGGGCGCAAAGCCGAAGAUUUAGAGAACGUCAGCUGGACAGAGCUCGGCCAGGCUUUGCUCACUUUCGAGCAAAACAUUCCCAAGGACCCUAGCGUCCGCACCUUCGAUGGCCUAGAGCGCCAGGCGAAUGGUACAUUCAAAGACGAGGAUCUCGUACGUAUCCUUAAGGAUGCCAUGGAAGAUCCCGCUGGCACUUUCGGCGCCCGCACUAUUCCGAAGGCUCUCAAGAUCGUCGAGGUGCUAGGUAUCAACCAAGCCCGAAAAUGGCAAGUCGCAUCGCUGAAUGAAUUCCGCGAGUUCUUCGGACUCAAAAGAUACGACACAUUCAACGACAUCAACGCAGACCCAGAUAUCGCGAACAUCCUUGAAAAGCUUUACACAGACCCUGAUAUGGUAGAGCUGUACCCAGGCCUGAUGAUUGAGAAUAUCAAACCCAUUCGCAAUACAGGUUGUGGUAUAAGUCCGACUUACUCUGUUGGACGCGCCGUGCUGUCUGAUGCCGUGACGCUCGUGCGUUCGGAUAGGUUCAACACCCUCGACUACACAGUCUCCAACUUAACAAGUUGGGGCUACAAUGAAGUGCAGCAAGAUUACAAGACACUAGGCGGAUCGAUGAUGUACAAGCUCAUCCAACGCGGUCUUCCUGGGUGGUUCCCGUAUAACUCCGUAGCCGUAAUGCAACCUUUCUACACCAAAAAAGCAAACGAGGCCAUCGCGCGAGAAAUCGGCACCAUCGACCAAUACACCCUCGAUGACCCACAACCACCCCGUAAAGCCGUCGUUGUGUUCACAAGCGAAGCCAUCAAGCAAGCUCUCAGUCAACCGAAGCAAUUCGUCGUUCCUUGGCUCCAACCCAUUAAUUCCUUGUUCCCGGGGAAGAAAGACCUGGGCUGGUUCAUGCUUGCAGGGGAUGAGGAGCGGAAUUUUGAAGAUCGCGCUAAUAUGUUGAAAGUCAUACGCAAGAUCCCGCAUCUGCACGACGCAGUGCAUGAGUUUGUGCAACGUGUGGGCUCGCAGUUGAUUGAGAAAGAGACGUUUACGCUUAAGAAGGGGUUGAAUCAGAUUGAUUUAAUCCGUGAUGUAGCUAUUCCGCUGAACGCGCAGUUACUUGCGGAUUUGUUUUACUUUGAUCUGCGCACCGAUGAGAAUCCUAGUGGAACAUUGGGUGCUGCGGAGUUGUAUGCGCAUUUGCUGGAUAUCCGAAUUUGGGGCGUGAAUAAUAAUGAUCCCGCGCAGUCGUGGACCCGGCGCCGUCGUGCGCAGGAGGGCGCUAAGGCGAUUAUUGAUUCGACGCGGAAGCUCGUUGAUGAGGUUGCGAUUAGCCGGGGCCUGGGAUUUGGUAUUGUUUCGUCGAUUUCUAGUGUGCUCACCCGGAAGGGCGAUAUUAAGAAGAACUCGCUGCGUUCAUGCGGAUACAAACUUGUUGAGGAGCUGCUGGCGCAGGGUAACUCCGCGGAGAAAGUCGUUGAUACAUUGUGGCUUACGGCGUUUGGGGGCAUCGGGGUGCCGGUUACUGCAUUCUAUGAGGUUAUGGAGUUCUUCCUCCGCCCCGAAAAUGCAUCUGUUUGGUCUGAAGUCCAAACGCUUGCGCAGAAUGGAGACGAUGCCGUACUUCAUGCAUAUGUCGCCGAAGCUCAACGUCUGACGAGUUCUCAGCGUAAUGUGCGUGUCGCGACACAACCGACUGAGCUUGAAGGCAAGCAAGUUGAGCCUGGGAACCUCGUAGUUAUGAUGCUGGGUGAGGCCGGUCGCAAUCCAUCCGAGGUCCCUCAUGCCGAUGAAUUUGACCCGUACCGCCAGACGGACGCCGUGACAUCUUUUAGCCAUGGCCAACAUGAGUGCAUCGCUAGGGAUGUGGCGCGCGCUUUUAUGACUGGACUUGUGAAGCUCGUGGCAGAUCUCAAGCAAUUGCGCCCCGCACCGGGCCAAAUGGGUGAGGUCAAAACGAUCCAAGUCGGCUCUGAGAAGGCAUAUCUCAAUGAUAGUUGGUCUUACCUUGGGUUUGAUGCCAGUAGUAAGUUUCACUUUCUUCGCCAUCGUAGGCUUAUCCUGUUUUGAGGUACUAAUUGUUUUCUUAAUAGCAUGGAAACUUCAUUUUGAUGGUCGUGGACAGGGUAAUUUCGAGGGUGAGAGACAACCUACGGCAUCUAUGGAUUUGCAACAGUAUUACCAUCUGCUACAGAAACGCAAGGCCGAGUUAUUCAAUUAGAUGGUUUUGUAAACCAAGUAUAGGUUGUUCUAAGAUGGUGUUGACUUGGGUUGAGAUUAACGGAGGGAAGAGAGUAGAACCACAAAUACAAAUGUGAAAGUUUAAGUCAAGAACUAGAUCGUAUUAUACGUUUCCAUUUCAAAUAUCAAGUAAAAUUACGUGCAAGC